AUGGUUGCAUACGACAAAAAAAACUUUUCACUGGCUCCUAUAGUGGUUUUAAUUUUUCUUGUUGUUUCAUCAUAUGCAAGAUUUAAUAUGAUGGUUACAAAAGAUGAUAUCAAACGCAUCUGCACGAAAAAGGAUAUCAAUUCUGUACUUUGUUUUGAGAUUUUAAAACUAACCCCUGAAACAGCACCAUUGGAUUUUUCUUGCCUCGCUAAAUAUUUGCUCGAUUAUCAGUAUAGAAAUAUUUCUGAUGCAUUGGAGCAAUUUAAGCUGGCAGAAAGAAACACGACAAAUCUGCAGGCAAUUAAACUAUGCGAAGAGUUAUAUGGAAAUGUUCUUUAUGAUAAAAAUAAAACCCUCAGUGCCUUGGCAGACAAGGACUACGACAUGUUCAACAUGUACACCGGUGCUACAGGAACAGAGAUGCAUACUUGUAGUGAUGAACUUUCAAAGGUGAAGCCGAUUCAACAAGUCUUGAUCACGAGGAGUCUGGCCAUCGAAGAUAUUUCUGACAUUAUCUUGGUAAUUCUGGAAUGCUUCAUAAGAGAACCAAAAUUAAAAUGUAGGCCAGAUUUAUUUUAA